AUGAUCUUCGAGCACAUUCCAGGAGUGGAGACUAUGAUGGAUGACAUCAUCGUCUGGGGAUCCACAAAAGAAGAACACGAUGCGAGAGUGAGACAAGUGCUGGACCUGACACGGAAAGUCAGCCUAAAACUAAACAAGGACAAAUGCGAGUUUGGUGUGAAAACACUUACAUUCGUGGGAGAUGUACUUUCAGAGGACGGCGUCAAACCAGACCCGAGGAAAACAUCAGCCAUCAACAACAUGGAGCGCCCGAAGAACAAGGACCACGUGAGACGCUUCAUGGGCAUGAUCACCUACCUUGCAAAGUUCAUACCUCAACUGUCAGCACAGUCCGCUCCACUCAGAUGUCUUCUGGAACAGAAAAAUGAAUGGGAAUGGUCCCAUGAACAGGAAAACKGCUUCAAAAACCUAAAGAAGACAAUCACAGAAGAGCCAGUGCUCAGGUUCUAUGAUCCAGAGAAAAGCACAAGGAUUUCUGCAGACGCGUCACAGUUUGGCCUGGGAGCAGUUCUUCUGCAACAGCAUGACGACACAUGGCAACCCGUCGCUUAUACGUCCAGAGCCUUGACAGGCGCAGAGACAAGGCCAAAGCAGCAAGCAGAGCCGCUAAUGCCUCAUCCAGUACCCAACAGACCCUACUACAAAAUUGUCAAAGGUCUGAUGAAAAAGGCACACAGUGGAAAGGAGGAUUUCCUAAAAAAUCUGAUGAUCUACCGCAGCGCACCGCUGCAGAACGGACUUUCACCUGCACAAAUGUUGAUGGGACGUCGCAUCAGAACCAACCUACCCAUCCAUGAGGACUUGCUAACACCCAGAGGUGCUCACAAAGUCAAACUUGCGAAAGAAAAACAGAAAGACAAACAAAAACAGCGCCACGACAAAAGUGCAAGACACUUACCUGAACUGAAGCCUGGAAAUCAUGUACGACUCCGAGACAUCACUACAGGAACCUGGAUGCAGCAAGGUAAAGCAGUUAAACUUGGCAGAAAUCUGGAGGUUCCCAACCCCCUUAAGAUGUACGGCCUGUACUUGGAAGCAGUGAAUGAUUAUAURAACGAGUCGUACGGAGAGGAUGUAUCRUCCUUCUUCCCCUGCAGUGACAACCUGAUCCUGCGGCUYGCCAAGGCAGCWGGCGAGGUCCUGGGGAAGACCCAUGAUGAGCUCAUGUAUGCCUUCGGGGUUUACAUGGUGAAGAGGAUCGGGAACUARGGCUACGAGAGGAUUCUCAAGGUGUUGGGGCGUAAUGUGCGUGACUUCAUCAAUGAGCUGGACAACCUGCACGAGUACUUCCGCUUCUCRUUCCCCAAGGUGCAGCCUCCCAGCUUCUGUGUGGAGGAGGAGUGUGAGACCAGCCUCACCCUGCACUACCGCAGCACCCGCAAGGGCUUCACCCAGUUUGUCAAAGGCCAGCUGUCUCAAGUGGGAAGGCAGUUCUACAAUACAGACAUUGAAGUUGAGAUCCUGUCCAAAGAAGAGACUGAGAAGAUGACAUAUGUGAUCUACAAGAUGAACUUUGACAACGCUGCCUUCAAGCACCGCAUGCCCCAGCAGAAGACGGCCCCGGGCUACGAGAAGCUACCCAUGAAGAGGGGCAUCUUUUUCGACAUGUUCCCCUUUAGUGUGAUCUUCCGCCGGGACAUGACCAUGUACCGCAUUGGGGACGGCCUAAAGGAGGUCUUCUCCGACCUGCAGGGCAAGAAGGUCAACGAAGAGUUCACCCUGGUGCGGCCCAUGCUGGAGUUCAGCUGGGACAACAUCUACACCCACCUUAACAAUGUGUUUGAGCUACUGUCCAAAGCUGUGGUGGAGAGCAAGCAGAAGCCCUCCGUCAUUCAUCCCCUCCUUUCCUCUGGCCCAUUAGAUGUGAAGUCUGUGGAGGAGAUGAAGGGAGACCAGGAGUUCAGCAGUGCUCUGACUCAGUACAACAGCUCAGCCAACUCAGGGGGAGAGGACAUCGAGCUGCUCGCCUUCCAGACUGUCACCGGGAAGUGCAGUGAAACUAUCUUCGAGGAUAUGAGGGAACCUCCCAAGAAGCCCCUCCACCUGAAGGGUCAAAUGAAGUACGUCCCCCAGUGGGACUCGCUCAUCUUCCUCAGUACMCCCAUUAUAGAGACAGUGGAGGACAUGAUUAAAAUGGGCGUCUAUGUGAACGAUCUGAACCUACAUGACUCCAGCCGAGAGCUCAUCUUAGCCGGAACACAGCAGUCGGCUGAACUUCAGCUGGCUCUUGACCAGGAGCAGCAGAAGUAUGCCCAGCUCCAGGAGAUCAUCAAGAAGCUGGACGAGGAGAAGAAGAGAGGAGAUUCCCUCCUCUACGCCAUGAUCCCCAAAGCUGUGGCUGACCGGCUCAGGAAGGGUAUCACGGCCCUGGAGACAUGCCAGGUGUUCCCGGACGUGACCAUCCUAUUCAGCGACGUGGUGAAGUUCAACGAGAUCUGCAUCCACAUCACGCCCAUGCAGGUGGUGGACAUGCUCAACGAGAUCUACAUCGUCUUCGACACGCUCAGCGAGAAGCACAACGUCUACAAGGUGGAGACCAUCCGAGAUGCCUACAUGGUGGUGGCAGGUGUGCCCAAUAAGACAACCUUCCAUGCCCACCACAUAUGUGACAUGGCCCUGGACAUGCUGAGCUCCAUCGACCACCUCAAAGACCCCUCCACUGGAGACAACAUCCAGAUCAGAGUCGGGAUCCACUCAGGGAUGGUGGUGGCUGGGGUGGUGGGGCUGAAGAUGCCUCGCUACUGUCUGUUUGGAGACACCGUCAACACUGCCUCCCGCAUGGAGAGCAAUGGGGUGGGCAUGCAGAUCCACAUCAGCCAGACCACCAAGGACCACUUGGAACAUGAGCCCUACAUAAUUGAGGAGAGAGGAAAGAUCUUUGUGAAGGGUAAAGGCUACAUGAAGACAUAUUGGCUGAAGGGGAAGAAGGACCUGUCGUUUAAGACUCCAGCAGAGCUCCGCUACAGCAGUGAACAGAAGGACUCYGAGGACAGGAGCUCCAAUGGGUCCACCUGCACCAACACCAAGCGCUCCACCUCCAACCUGAACAUUCCCAACGAGGAGCAGGCAGAGGGCAAGCCCACCCCCACAGAGCUGCCUGCAGAGCCCUUACCUUCACUAGAGGGCGCCCCCGAGGACCCCACAGACCCCACCGAGCCCCAGGAGAAGAAAGUAAAAAAGAACACUAAGAACAACAACAAAGGGGUCGUGGCCAAGCCCGAAGCUCCUCCCCAGCAGGUCAAUGUAGUGCAGGAGAGUGCAGUGCUUCCUGCUGCUGCCCAGGAGACCCCCACGGCCCCCCUGGCCACCGCCGCCCCAGUGCUCAACAACAAGAAAAACAGCUUCAGGCAGCACACCAAGCUGCCCGCCCACCUUCCCAUGCGCAGCACUUCCUGCUGCCUACUGUGAGAGGAGAGGCUAAAAUAAUGUGACUGGCCUGCAUCUUAUUGACAGUCCUGUGAAGGCAACCCUGAAACUGUAUCUAACCUUGAACCUCAACCAAUCAGAAAAUUCAACUUGGUUUCGCUGGUCAGUCACGUCCCUUUUAGUUUUUCCCUACUGUGAGAUGGACCAGGCCAGAGUUCAAGACCUCUCAGAUCAUGGGCCAGCAUUCAUGUUCGAUAUAUUGUAUGAUGCCCUGGUGUCUAUCCUAUGUUUUUCCUUAGGCAGGACCUGAGGGUCCCCACAACAAUAUUCAGGGCAGCCCACACCUAAUGUAAUGUAUUAAUCCAUUUAUUCAAGGUAGAGUAACAGAGGUAGACAGGGCGGACCACCUCACCUAAGUAAUAAUAGUGGAAACAUUGAUGCUCCUAAAAUUAAACAAAUGUGACAUUGCUGAAAAGGGAAAAACGUUUCUCUUCCAACAAAUAUAUACCGAUACUCAUGUCUUGAUGACGUGUUAAACAGUGGGCCUUUUUUGGUAAUACAAGCACCUGGCUAAUGUCAUGGAUUUCUGCAUGUUGUUGAAAGGAAACAGGUCAAUACAUGUACAGUUCAUGUACUAUUUAUUAAGUUAUUACCGUCGGUGAAAACACCUUUUCUAAUUACAGGAUCACAAUGGAUUGGUAUACAGAGUAAGAUGAGAUGUCAAGAGAUGGUUGUAUUUUAUUUGCAAAAAACUAGUUCUGAGAAGUCUGACACAAGUUAGAGUACUGAUACUGUAUUUAAUGAUGGAAUAAUAUUGACUUUAAUAAUCAUUUAUAUAAUAGCGCUUUUCCUAAUGCUGUAAGUGCUUUACUUUCUGUUUUGUAUUUGUAAUUUGUUGCACGUUUACUGUAUGUUAGCACUUCUUUGUCCAUAAGUACUGUACAGACAAACACGUCA